AUGUCUAAUCCAGAACAUAGCCCUUUUGAACCGAUCAAACCUCCUGCUGCAUCAAGGGCUUACAUUGUUGAUAACGUUGCUACCUAUCAGCAACAGAUAGCCAAUGCUAUGGCUGCUAUAAUGAUAGGUGGAUUCAACAUUAUCGGCUAUUUCAUGGGGUCUAUAAAUCUUGUUAGAUUCUUCUCGUUUCUUGGAAACACCCAGUUCAAAGUCCUAGCAUCAAUUGCAAGCAUUGUUCUGAUUUUGGUGACAACUGUCUCCCUAUGGUACAUUGAUGAGAGGAACCCGCAAACCGAUGUCGUUAUACGUGCUGAAAGAAAGAGGAAUGUGAAGAGACUCAAAGAGCUGGGUAUAGACAAUCCAACAACCAUUGGAGGUCUCAUAGUAUCGCUGUAUAAGCAAACCAGCCACAGUGUUACAAGACUCUCGUCACAGGUUUGGCUUGUGUGUAUGGCCGAAUUCUUUGCUUGGAUAGGAUAUUUUCCAAUGCUGUUCUAUACCACAACGUAUGUUGGUGAUCUCUACAAGUACGAAUUCUUCCAAGCUCGACUCCCUUCUCUUCCACCGCUGACACAAGAAGAAUUGCAAAGCUUACAAGAGGCUGCAACAAGAAGAGGGGCAAUGGCUCUCUUGAUGCACUCGAUUACUUCUUUUGGACUAGAUCUGCUCCUUCCCUUGUUAGUGAAACCCUUCAUCAAAGAGAGUCUCGCGACACAUGAAGCAUCAGUAUUAACCUCCUCAAGAGCUGAGCAGUACAUCUCAAAAUUCAGAGAUAAAUACUUCCCCUGGUUUACUGUGAAGAAUUCUUGGAUUCUAUCGCAUGUGCUAUUCAUUGUCUGUAUGUUUGCAACAUUUUUUAUACGGUCUUCUACAUCAGCGAUUGUUCUCUUUGCAUUUUUGGGACUUACAUGGGGCAAUGCUCUCUGGGCGCCCUUCGUCCUUAUAUCAGAGGAGGUUUCCCGGAUUAAAGAAGUCAAAUCACGGAUCCAUAAGCAGUACAACGAGGAUAGCACCGGCCACGAUGGAACACUGACUGUUAAUCCAGUGGUUGCUGAGAGGUUUCAGAAUUAUGAGCAUGAAGCUGGAAUCAUCCUUGGAAUCCACAACUUCUUCGUAGCAGCACCCCAGGUUAUCAGCUCACUGUUUAGCAGCUUUUUGUUCCAUCUGCUAUCCAAGGACACUCAGGACGGUGCAGUUUAUGACUCUAGCUUGGGAUGGGUGUUUAGAUUCGGUGGUGUAGCAACAUUUGGUGCACUGUGGUUUUCGCUGAAGUUAAAGACUGAUAGAGAGCUUGUGGCAGAGGAAGAGGAAGUAUUCACAUCGUCUGUUUAG